AUGAACUCGGAGGAUGGCUCCGAUGGUGUAUUAGUAGGCGAGCCACAGCACUCAUCUCCUCCCCGCGAUAUUGAAACAGAAAAACGACCUCCUCCGCCUUCUCGCUCCUCUACGUAUGGGAAGAAAUGCUGGAUAUGUAUGAGUGAUGCUUCCGAAGAUGACCCAAACAACCCACCGGUGUGGCGGUCGCCGUGUAAAUGCAGCCUCACUGCACAUGAGUCCUGUCUUUUGGACUGGGUUGCAGAACUGGAACAUCCCAAGAACAACAAGAAACAGAAAUCUCAGAUUCAGUGUCCAAGCUGCAAGAGUGAAAUUAAAAUCUCAAGGCCGAGGAGUUUUAUUGUGGAUGGCUAUCGAUCAGUAGAUCGCACUUUAGGGAGACUUGUUUUGCCGGGCCUGGGUCUCGGAGCUUUAGGGAUGGUGACGACCGCCUUCUGGGUUCACGGUUUCGAAUCAGUGUAUCUGGUUUUCGGCUACGAGGAUGCAUUUCAAAUCUUCCAACGUGCAUCUAAGAAACCCAGCCGGCUCUUUGCCUAUGCUCUGAUACCGAUAAACCUCAUCUUCUCCAGAACCAACUACGCUGAGUUUGUCCUUCCGGGAGGCACCCUAUUUCUCCUGUCCACUCAAUUAAGCGAUAGAUUCGAAAUUGACAUGACAGUUUGGCCACCCCGACCAAGCACGGUUUUUGCAUGCUUACCGGCCAUGAGGUCCAUGUACGGGUGGCUAUACCACAGGACUUUCUGUAACCUGAAUAAAAAAUGGCUGCAAGAAAUUCGUCCCAGACACGGACAGUCGGAGGAAGAAACACCGGGUGAUGGCGAGAUGGAGCCACAGAGAGGAGGAAUUGGUGUCGGUGAAGAUGCUAACGGAAAUGACAUUGGAGAUGGAAUGCAAGAUAUCGUCGAGGAGGGAGACGUCGUACUCGAAGUGCAAAUAGGGCCAGAAAACCAGCCGGGAAAUAACGUCCACCAUCUCCUUGGGGAGCGUGGAGAUCAAUGGAUCGACGGUACGUCUUCAAUCGGCCAGACCGUUCUUGGUGCGCUAGCCUUUCCAGCUGUAGCGGCUACGAUGGGCUCGCUUCUCAAAUUUGCUCUCCCGGGGUCGUGGCUGAGCAGUGCAAACACCGUGAACGGACGACCUGGACUGCUUCGCACCAAAUGGGGUCAGAGCGUUGUCGGAGGAUGUUUAUUUGUUGUUCUCAAGGAUGCGUUGAUCUUAUACUGCAGAUGGAGACUGGCGCAAAGUCACAAGUCAAGACGCAUCAUGAAUUAUGACAAAAAGACACAAAGAUACUCGGUGUGA